AUGUGGAACGACGAGGAUAACAACCCAUACGGCGCAUUCGAUCGCCAGGAACCCCAUCUGUCAGAUUCCUUGCACUCGGCUGCGUUUUCGCCAGGCACUUACGAACCCGGAUCGACACCGCCUUCAUCCCACUCAUCGACCCAGGAACCGCCCGACUACAUAACCAGACAGGAAGAUGUGAGCGAAGGGGAAGGAGAGGGAGAUUAUGACAUACACGAAGACCAGGGAUACCGCAAGAAGAACGUAUACGAUAGUCGCGUGGAGCAGAUACUAUACGAGAACCCCGAUUUGCCUAUCCUUAUCACGGAUGCAGGGAAGAACCAUGAAGGCGGGGGGAGCUUUAUCGUCUAUACUAUCCGGACGGGAGAUCUUGAAGUGCGACGACGAUAUUCGGAAUUCGCAUCUCUGCGCCAGACACUGGUCAACCUCCACCCUACGUUGGUGAUGCCACCGAUCCCAGAGAAGCAUACCAUGGCAGACUAUGCGGCGAAGCCAACAAAAGCAAAGGAAGAUGCCGCUAUCAUUGAUCUACGCAAGCGCAUGUUGGCGGUCUUCCUCAAUCGAUGCCGCAAGAUGAAGGAGGUACGAGAAGAUGGGGUCUUUUGGAGGUUCUUGGAUCCAAAUGCUAGCUGGAGCGAAGUUCUCCAUUCUCAUCCUGCGGCCUCUGUGCCGAAGAACAAUCUGAAAGCACCACCUCUCGAUCCCGCAAACCCAACUCCUGCGCAUGCCUGGCUGCCAGUCCCAUCAUCGUCUGCGAAGCUGAAGUCUACUUCCGGAACAACAGGGACAGGGAUUCCAACCUCACCAUCAGAGUUCGCAGCAACGCCAUCCACAGCCGCUCACACAACUCCUGGUCCUCAGGUCCUAGGACGUUUCCCACCGAGUUCGCGCACCCUGAGCGAGAAAGACCUCGAUCCGUACUUUAUCAACUUCGAGGCAUCGACGCGAGAACUGGAGUUGCUGUUACAAGGAAACAUUGAGAAAGUCAAUCGUCGGACCUUGGCUCAUCUGUCGUCCUUGUCGAGCGACCUGAUGGAACUGGGUGCGCGUUACAACGGUUUCUCCUUGUCAGAACAGUCGCCAACGGUGGCAGCUGCCAUAGAGAGGAUUGGCCAAGCGGCAGACACAUCGUACAUUGCUACCGAGGAACUGUCGAAUUCACUAAGUGCAAGCUUUGCAGAGCCAAUGAGGGAGAGUGCACAGUUUGCCAGUGUGGUGCGUAGCGUACUGCGCUACCGCGUACUCAAACGUGUGCAAGAAGAGAUGACCAGAGACGAGCUUGCCAAGAAGAAGACGCUGUUAGACUCCUUGGAGAGGAGCGAGCUUGAGGCCAAGCGGAUCGAACAAUAUCUCCAGAAUGCGUCGUCUCCAUCUCUGGCGACAAAGCCAAGGCGUUCGCUGUCUACUUCGUCUGCAGUUAGUAGUACCACAGACCCGGCCGAGGUUCGCCCAAGCAGCGCAGAAGACACCGCCUCUAUCGACUCCGACUUCCCACCCACACAUGGCGAGACUGUCACCUCGCAUCCUUCGGCGUCGCAGGGCUCUGCUGAGCCGGCCCCAAUACCCACUCCUGUCCAUCGGAAGAGUCCCAGCGGUAACUUUGUGACAAACAAGAUCUUUGGUAGAAUUAGUCAUGCCGUCCAUGGUUUUGUUGAUGUUGACCCCGAAAGGACACGGCGGGACCAGAUUGGAAAGACCAAAGAGAGUCUUUUACAGCUGGAGCAAGCCCUUGAGGUGUCCGAGAAGGAUGUCAAGGACGCCAGUGCCGGCGUUCUAGCAGACUUGAAGAGAUUCCAGCGUGAAAAGGAGGAAGAUCUUCGACGCUACAUGGUGGCCUACGCUCGCUGCCAUCUUGACUGGGCCCGAAAGAACCUGGAGACCUGGACCGAAGCAAAGGACGAGGUGGACAAGAUUGUGGCGCGUUAG